AUGGCGCCAGCAGCGACCCACGACCAGCUGCAGCUGUGCUGCUCACCGACCGCCAACACCACCUCCACCACCACCGCCAACGCCACCAUCUACCCCACGCGCGACCCCUCCUCCCCCACCUCCCUCUUCCGUAUCGACAUGCACACGCACAUCAUGCCGCCCUCCCUCCCCGACCUCGCCGCCCUCACCCCACCCCCCAACCCCCCCACGGAACCCUACCCCUGGCCCGCCUUCCACCCCUCCCCGGACCACGCCACCACCGGCGCCAUCGACAUGUACGUCGGGUCCACCUUCUUCCGGCGCGUGUCCCCCUCCUGCUACGACCCGGCCGCGCGCCUGCGCGACAUGGACGCCGCGGGCGUCGACGUGCAGGUGCUGAGCACCGUGCCCGUGCUGUUCUGCUACGAUGCGCCCGCGGCCCCCGCCCGGGAGCUGGCGAGGGUGCUGAAUGAUCAUGUCAGUGGGGUGUGCGCGGCGUAUCCGGGCCGGUUUGUGGGGUUGGGGACGGUGGCGUUGCAGGAUUGUAAGGGGGCCGUGGAGGAGGUGAGGAGGUUGGUGGGGUUAAGGGGGAUGGUGGGCGUGCAGGUUGGGACGAGUGUUGAGAAGGCGUAUUACGGGGGGGAUGGAGAGGUGGGGAUGUUGGAUGAUGAGCGGUUGGAGCCGUUUUGGAGGGUUUGUGAGGAGUUGGAUGUGCCGGUGUUUGUGCAUCCGUUGGGGUACGCGUUGGGGAAGGAGAAUAAGGAGCGGUGGGGGGGGUAUUGGAGCUCGUGGCUUGUGGGGAUGCCGUGUGAGACGGCACUGGCGAUGCAUGGGAUUAUGGCGUCGGGGUUGCUGGUUCGCCAUCCUCGGUUGCGGUUGUGCUUUGCUCAUGGGGGAGGUGCAUUUCCCGCGCUGUUGGGCCGGAUACAGCACGGUUUUGACUGCCGCCCGGAUCUGGUAGCCACCAAAGCGUGUGGUGUGACGCCGACGCAGCAUUUUAGUGGACAGGUGGCACCGCCGCCUUCGGCAGGGUUAGAAGCCGGUCAAGGGCAGAUCUGGAUCGACUCGCUGCUCCAUGACCCGGACUUGAUGGAAUAUGUCAUCCGCAAGCUGGGCCCUGGAGGUGCAGACCGCAUUGUUCUGGGCAGCGACUACCCGUUCCCGCUGGGAGAGGUACCGGUGGCGGGGAAGAUGCUCACAGAAGACGAGAGGCUCGGACGAUUCAUGAGCUGGGGAGAGAGAGCUGGAGUCCUGGCUCGGAAUGCCAUCCGGUUCCUGAGGCUAGGCCGAGAGUUUGAGGACAGGUUUGAGGAGCGGCUGCGUCAAUUUGAGGCCGCUCAUGUUCCGUCAGCGGAUGACCAGGUCAAGGAUGCCAGCUGGGAUGGGUGGCGGCAUCGUGAUAGUGCCAUUGAUUUGGACGAGGGCGAGGAACUGACUGGUCGCAAACCGAGGUCUGGAAGUAGCAGCACAGGAAGGUCUCCCGCCAGCAAAACCCUCCGCGAGAAUUUAACGAACCCGGUCCGCGGUUUACAGGCGACGACCAGGAGACGCCGCUGUUGGCCGAAGACAUUGCGAUCAAGAGGGAGUUCGACGAAGCGCUUGCCGCAGAGGACAUGCAACGAUGCCUGCGUUGCAAGGAGCGCUGGUUUGACAUCAAGCUCUUGGCGGAUGGCGUUUGUAAGCACUGCCACGACAAGGAUGACAAGAAACGGCAGGAGGAACCUUUUUUUCUCUGCAGAGAACAAGCUUGAUUUUGGCCCGGUCCCACCACAGUUGCCCCAACUAAAGCCGUUGGAGGAGCUUUUCAUUGCGCGUGUGCACGUCAGCGUCAAUGUAUUCACUGUAUGCGAUGUUUCCUGCGAGAGAGUCUACUUACUAACUAGCACCAGGUUCGUGGGCAGCAAUACAAGUAUCGUGGUCAUAUUGUACACUUCCUGCGCGACGUGGGCAAAGGUGUAUUCCGAGCUUCCCUUAUUGCCCAAGGAUUUGGACAUUGUUAUCCUCCGCCCACGUGGAUCUGAGAAUGUUGAACAGAUGGACCGACAAUUCCGCAACCGCUUCCGAGUCCGUCGAGCAGCAGUCGAGACAUGGCUCAGAUUCCUCGCCGACAACUACCCUGGCUAUAGGAAUUUCACCUGGAACUACGACAACCUCUCCCAGUUGCCAGAGGACGGCAACGUCUUUGAUCAGCUGAAUAUCCACGAGGUCGAGGAGUGUGAAGGUUUGCCUGCAGAUUCUGGCCCUGUUGAAGAGCCGGAAGAGGACGGAGAGGUUGUUGACGAAGCUGAGGUGCCCAAUAUGCUAGUCCAUGACUCAGAAUUGAACCAGCUGCAAGAGCGAGUCGACGGUGGGGCUGCUGAGGUCAAUGCCGCCAAUGAGCAAGUGCCCCUACAGCCCGUUGAGCCUCAGGCUGCUCAUCAGCUGAAGAUGCCUUCCAUCCGACGUACUCCUCUCGACGAGUUCAACCAAACGCAUGCGCUGCUCUCACUAGCUUGCCAGACCCUGUUUCCUCGAGGGGUUGCGGACUUCGUUGAACCUAGACAGCGCAAGAUCUCCUAUCAGGAUUACAUCCAGCAUGCCAUGAAGUGGGAAGAUGGCCGAUUCGCUAAACAUCACAGCUUCCGAUUCAUUUGCGCUAAACACUCUGAUGAGGCAGCAGGCAAGGGGUCACAGUCGAUUCUACGUCAGCAAGAAUCACCGCACACCUCUCGGAUCUAUCGCGAGACACCAUCACGAGCUAUUAUCAGGCAACUGCAGGCAUUAGAUGCUGUGGAGGGGAAGGAUCCCUCAGAGGAGUCAAUAGGUAUAUAA